UAUUGACAUUCCCCCAUAUCGGCAGCAGAAUAGUGAUCGAAUUGUAUACAGGUAUUAUACAGCAUAUCGUGUAUCUGUUUAACGUUCGGUUGAUGCUUUGUCUCAUCGCUCCCCCUUGCUCUCGGCUCGCUAUUUCACCCUUGAUUGAAUACCACGGUACCGAAAAUUAACGAACAAAAAGACAUCCAAAGUGUGAAGCCACCAAUCCACGACCAUUUUAAACUACGCAUGCUCUCUCUGAAAGACUGUGGCCAAGAUGUCCAGAUUUUCCCAGGAGGUUGCAACGCCCUGCCCUCGACGAUCCAAGGGCUCGAAGUUUGGGGAUGAAAGUAACGAUGGAAGCGAAUCCUUCACCAAUCUCUGGGAGGAAUCCUUAGAGAGCUGCGAUAAUACCAUGAACGUUGAUUUUACAACAGAGAUUAGAGCCCCUUUACUGACAGGGGCUAAGCCAAGACGAAAAACGAAGGCCAGCACAUCCUUCGCCAUCCACAACGAUAUCGAUGAACGGCCAGCACCAGCUAUACGUACGCAAAAGAGGGAGACGCGAGUCGCUAUGGGCACAUCGAAUCGUAAAACAUCCUUACUUGCUCAGCCAGCACAGCGGUUUCGCCCGAGAGUCAGCUUUGCCCCCACUCCGCUCAAGCACACACAACAACGGCGGGAGAAUGAGCCCCAAAAGCCAAUUACGAAACCAAAAACCCAGAAGAACAAUGAGUUACUGAUGGAAAUUAAUGGAGAGGGAGGGGAUCAGGCAAAGGAUUCUUCAAAAAAAGACAUACCACGAAAUACCCUGUACAUUCCCCCAGACGACAACACCGUUGCUAGUGCGUUCAUGGGUCUUUUCAGUCCGCUCAAGUCGAAUAACCUGGACUAUCGCAUACCGGCAAACACGGAAAUUAGCAGCCUGGAAACACAGCAGCUUGCGCGCAAAAGGCAAGCAAAGCUUUCUCUCUCCUCGUCUCCACAGCGACCCCCACUACAACCUAGCACGAAAGUCGCCCAGGAAUCCUACGUUCGGGUCGAUGUGGCAGGAAAAAAUGGAGGCAAGGAGAAUAUACCCCCAGGCAUGGCUCUCAUUGAUAUUAGUGGGAAAAAGCUCCCAUUUAUGGAUGUCAAAAAGCCGUCUGAUGGCGGUUUGCGUGACUCUAGGUUCGCCACAAAUCGCUUGCGCAGCGUGAUUGCUUCCAAUACCGCGAGUAAACCACUUGCAGUACGAGCAGCCAACAAAUCCUUGAAAAAGGUAAAUGAUUGCAACCGGGAAAAUCCUAAAGUAUCAAUCGCCACGGGAGCCACAACCAAGGAGGCAGAUCGAUUGUUAAAUACCAGAACUUUUGAGGCCGUGAAAAGCUCGACCGUGUCAACCCCACUGAAAAAUUCUGGAACAUUACUGAAAGCAUCUAUCUCUCGGAAUAGCCUGAAGCACCUGAACAAAGAAUAUCCGCUAAUAUGCGAAAACAUCACCAAUCCAUCAAUGUACAAUGACAACUGGCUUUCUCACCAGGAGGUGAUACUGACGCAGCUGAUAAAUGGGUUAUUCAAUCACGCCAACCACAAUAUGAAGUCCAAAGACUCUGCAAUGCUUAGACACGAGUUUCUCUCGCUCUAUCAGGGUUCAUAUUUUACAACCCUCUACAAGAGAUUGCAAGCGUCACUGCUGUACGGCGCUUUAAGCAUUCCGAAGGAUAUUCUGACCAGAAACAGCCGACUCAGGAAGGACCUCGGCAUGAAACGAAAGUUUCUUGAUUUUUGGCUUCAAACAUAUGACUUGCGAGCUCUAAGAGCUGCGAUGGAGACAGUCACCGGCAGACGUAUCCUCAACCCAAAAACAUCAAACAGCGCCUCCCAGAGCUCUAUUAAUGGUACUGCAUCUGGUAAGGGACAAGGGCUGAGAAAGAGACUGGAGAAUGCCUUGGACGCGUUUUUGGUACAGAAUCAAGAUAUGGAUUCUCAAGAACAUGAGCUCAACGCCGAAGAUUCCGAGGAUUUUGGUAAAGCCUACCGUCGAACUGUGCUUCGCAGCAUUAUGAUCGUGAUUCUUUUGGACAAGGCUCAAAUGUGUCAUACAACAGCAGUUUCUAGUUGCUUGUUUGUUGAUUCCUCGUCAUAUAAGUCCUCACAUGCAGUGCUUCAAGGACUUGCUCGCUUCCUGUUGCCAUCCUGUGGAGAUGUCAUCAAAGCACUCAGCCAAUUGGAUUGUCAGUUGUUUUAUGAGCAGCAGCCUCUCAAGGAAUAUAGCUAUGAGAUAUCUAAUUUGGCUGUUGAUCUGAGGGACGGUGUCAGGUUGACUAGAAUUAUAGAGCUGCUUCUCUAUCCCUCGGCUUCUUGCUUAGAUGUCGAGUGUCCUGACGCAGAGCACUCGGAUAUGACAUUAUCUGAGAGCGGUUCAGAAAGCUCUCAGUGGCCCCUUUCUCAGCACCUGAAAUUCCCAUGCUUGAGCCGUGCAGUGAAACUAUUUAAUGCAAAAACGGGCUUGGAUGCAUUGGCUUCCACAGAAUAUGGCAGACAGCUCGUUUGCAAUGUUAAUCCCGAAGACAUCGUUGACGGACACCGGGAAAAGACCAUUGCUCUUUUAUGGGGCCUUGUCAGCAAGUGGGGACUCUCUGGGAUAAUAGAUUUGAAGGACUUGAAAAAAGAGAUCAAAAUACUACGGGAGAGAGGUGCGUCUCAGCUCAGUGAAAGGAUUGAAGAUAGUGAAAGCUACCCGCUGAGUGACGAGACGGAGGAACCGGCUUUUCUGCUCAGGCACUGGGCUUCCCUUGUGGCACUGCUGCAAGGUGUGCAGCAGGAAAGCCUUGGAACGAGUUUUGCGGAUGGUAGUGUCUACGAGUGCAUAGUGGACGAGUACAAAGAGUAUGUCCUGGGGCCGAGCCAUGGCUGUCUAUUUGAUGGCAGCCAAUCCUCCCUGAAUGAGCGUUUAAAGUUACUGGGGUGUAGCGCACAAUUCGUCAACCUGAUCUCCCCCGGUAUCUCCAAGACACGCACCCUUGACAGUGAAUCUACCACUGGUGCCCUUGCCUUUCUUUGUUCCCGCUUUCUUUCAACCACGAAACGAGUGCGAGCCGCCACAGUACUACAGAAUGCAUGGCGACGCGUUCUUACAUGCCGAGAGCUCCAGCGGCGGAUCGUCGCCAAAGCGGUUGCGAUACAAUGCGCCGUAGUGGUCCAAACCAGGGAGCGAAUCCUUUGGGCCAAGGGCGUUAUCCUGCAAUGGUGGAGAAUGGCGAAAGCAAAACAGCGUCGAAGGGCAACAAGGCCCACUAAGCUUCGACCGUUACGGCGCUACAGAUAUUGACAACUUUGCUCAUUAUAAAUAUUAUCCCUGGAAAAUGUGAGGUAGUAUGAUUUUUCCCUGGCUAGCUUUAUUUCGGCGGGGUUGGGUUUUGUGUUCUCUUACAACCAUAGCCUCCACUUUCAUUAGUUUUCCAUGUCAUAACAAAGAAAUACAAAUCGCUGGUCGAUCUUUAUGCAUGUCGCCUUACAGAG